AUGGAUCUAUGCCAGGUAUUCGAUCAAGAACUUGAUGCACUGGAAAUCCAAACUGUUCAGAAGGAAACUAUCCAUCCGCGCAAAUCAUACAAAAUGAACAGCUCUUGCGCUGACAUACUUCUUUUCGCUCAGUACAAAUGGCACGUCUCGCGACCCUCUUUGUUGGCCGAUUCAAAAGAUGUGAUGGACAAUACCACCACUCAGAAGUAUUGGCUGGAUAUUCAGUUACGUUGGGGUGAUUACGAUUCGCAUGAUGUGGAGCGUUAUGCGCGGGCGAAAUUCCUCGAUUAUACCACCGAUAAUAUGUCAAUUUAUCCCUCACCAACAGGCGUCCUGAUAGCCAUCGAUUUGGCUUAUAAUUUAUACAGUGCUUAUGGCAAUUGGUUCCCUGGAAUGAAACCACUUAUUCGUCAAGCAAUGGCCAAAAUAAUUAAAGCAAAUCCUGCUUUCUACGUGUUACGUGAGCGUAUUCGUAAAGGCCUGCAGCUGUAUUCAUCGGAACCUACCGAACCCUAUCUCACCUCACAAAAUUACGGCGAACUGUUCAGCAACCAGAUCAUUUGGUUUGUCGACGAUACGAAUGUCUACAGAGUGACCAUCCACAAGGUUUCGUACAUUUUACUUUCCAAUUAA